AUGCCUAAAUAUGUAAAGAGCGAAUGCAGUGGUGAAGGCUGUGUUUACUCCGUUUCUCCCAAUACUUCAAUCACGGUCCCGCAUGGUGAUGCAAACGGGGCUUUCAGGGUACGGCCAAUUACAGAGCGUCAAUCGCUGAAAGGUCAGGGCGACACGGCUUACCUGUCAGUAUUUGAAGCCGUGGCAGCCUCUGAGCACAGGCCAAAGACGAACUCUACAGGAUUCGAGUGUGCGCUAUGGGUCUGUAUGGAAGCGUAUGACACGUCCAUGAAUGACGGUCAUCUAAGCCAAAAGACCAUAGUCAUAUGGAAUGAAACUCAGCUCCAAGAGGAGACCAAUGCUCACCUACAGGAGUACGUUUUCGUUAAUGUGCCAAAGGAAAUGAAUACGCUUGAGCAUUCGAGACACUCCAUCUCGGCUCGGGCAGUAAAGGCCAUCCGCAGCUUUAUGGACACAUUGACCGACGGGUGGUACGAAGACAUCGGGGGUAGCGUCAACUUUUCAUCAGACUGGGUCGAGGCGAUGCAUGACGCGAGGACAGCUAUGCCUUUAUGGAUGGAAGGACUGACACUCAGUCUCAGCAACGAGUUUCGCCAGAACGGCGAUCUGGAGGAUGAACGCAACACCAAAUAUGAAGGAAGCGCUACAAAACUGGCCAGUUUCGUCAAGGUGAAGUGGUUCUGGAUGAUAUAUCCACCACUUUGCCUGGUGGUGAGCAUAUACUACCUACUUGCCACCGUUGUAGCCAGCGUCCGCGACGACGUUGCCAUUUGGAAGGGUGAUUCCAUGCCGAUGCUAUUCAGCUGUAUUCAUCCGGAUAUUCUGCUACUUGGAAGUAGCAAGAUGGAUACUCACAAGGGGCUGGAUGAGCUGGGCCGCCAUGGCAUUGCGCUGGCCAAGGCUGAGUCGGGAGCUUGGGUCUUUGAGCCUACUGUCGGACCGGAAGAUAAGCGUGGGCGUCUUCGCAAGGCAUUCCGAGUGCGCGACCAAGCGGCUUCGAGAGGGUUUGACUGA